AGUCAGUGCCGCAAGUGGAGAGGGACUCAUAAGUUAUCAGCAUCGGAGUAGCUUCACCAAGAGGCUUAACCGAGCAGCUUUCCAGGCGGGCGGAGUGUUGUUGCGAGCAGGAGGAGGGGGUGGAAGCGGAAGGAUGCUGAUCCGAGCUGAGCCGGGAGCUGCAGCUUCACUUCAUCAGCGCAAACACGGGAUCCUCCUGUAACUUUGAAUGUGUUGAACUUUUAUCUUUUAUUCUCUCCGGUUUGGCUCAGUGCUGCUCGCCUGCCAUGGUCGGUCCAUCAGUCCACAGUGCGCUCUUUCUGUGCGCCUUCCUCCAGCUGUUCUCCCUGCUCGGCGGACAGGUGCCAAACUGCCAGGAGGUGCGCACAGUGUUUCACUCUCUGCAUCCGGGAUCCAAGUGGGUCCCCGAAAACCCAGUGUCAGGUGCGGAUCUGCAGGUUUGCCAAACCAAGGGCCCGACCUGCUGUUCCAAGAAGAUGGAGGAGCGGUAUCAGGUAGCUGCACGCAGCAACAUGGAGUCUGGUCUGCAGGUUGUCAGUGCUCAACUCAAACGUCUUAUCAUCCAGAAUGCUGCCAUAUUCCAAGAGGCCUUUGACCUGGUGCUACGUCACGGGCGUAACUCCACCCUGGCCAUGCUGAAGUCCGAGUUCCCAGGUCUCGGAGGUGGAGCCCAGAGCUCCGUGGGGCAGCUCUUCCUGGACAUGUCGCUCUACAUCCUGGGCUCAGACUCCACAGUGGACCACAUGGUGGCGGUGCUCUAUGGUCGGCUCUUCCCCCUGGCAUACCGUCGCCUGCUGGGGGGCAGCGUGUCCUUUGUGUCUGAGGAGUGUGUAAGAGAAGCCUGGAAGGACUCAGGAGCAUUUGGCCCUUAUCCCAAAGUGAUGAUGACCCGUCUGUCUCACUCCCUCCUGGCCACACGUGUCUUCCUGCAGGCACUGAACCUGGGCAUCGAGGUUGUCAACACCACAGACCACCUGCGGCCUGGCCGGGACUGUAGCCGGGCCCUGCUGAGGCUUUGGUACUGCCCGCACUGCCAGGGCAUGCUGGGUCCACCAGCCUGCAGAGGCUUCUGUCAGGCGGUGAUGCACGGCUGCCUGGGGGGAGCGGCUGAGGUGCAGCCUCACUGGAGGACCUACGUAGAAGGACUGGGGAAGCUGGCCGGUGCCAUGAGGGGAGAGCAGGACAUGGAGGCCGUUGUUAUUAGGCUGCCUUCAAUGAUCAAACUGGCUCUCAAGCAUGCUGUGAAUGCCCGCACUCGCCUCACUGCCUUGGUGAGCGGAAUGUGUGGACACACUCCUCAGCGGGCCUCUCGCUCAGUCGGAUCCCCUCCUCCCCAGCCUCCCGCUGCCUCUGCAGCCCGCAACACGCAGCCCUCAUCCUCAGACUCUGAUGAGACUUUGGCUGGCCUCCGCAGGGAGUUCAUAUCCAACCUGAAGGGCUUCAGCUCCUUCUACAGUGGUCUUGGGGAGGCCCUGUGCAGCCGUGAGCCCGCUCCAGCAAACCACUCCCUCUGCUGGAAUGGGCAGGAGAUGACAGACAGGUUUCCUGGACCUGGCCUGAAGCGAUCGCACCCGGGCUCAGAGUCCCGAAGCAACAAGCCCCCUGAGCCGAUCAUCAGCCAGAUCAUAGACAAACUGAAACACAUCAACCAGUUGCUGCGGAUGGUGACGGUAUCUGAGAAGCGCUGGAGAGCCCGGUCGCGUGGAAGUGGAGUGGACGGGUGGAACGACGAGGGGGAAGAGGGGUUCGAGAGUGGUGACUGUGACGAUGAAGAUGAGUGCGCUGGAGUGUCAGGGCUGGGGCCACCACCGAGACGCAAACGGUUACGCAUCUUUGCAGUGAGUCAGAGCAAUCACAGUCCAAACCAGGGGCAGUGGGCACAGCAGAGGGGUGUUUACAUGACUACUGUACAUGUUGACACCAUUGUGACACUAUGCAGCAGGAGACGUGAGACUUCCUCAGGUAGCCGCCUCACCUCAACCUCUUGACCUCCCCGCCGUCAAUCCCUUGGAAACGUCAGACGUGCUCUCCGAAAGCCAAACAAAGAACAAAUGAAGCUACAAACUGUUGGAAGAAAAGAAACCAAACAGAAAAAGAGGGCGAAAACAGCCAGAGAGCAAGAACAAGGGGGUUCGAUAUACCGACACAAAGCCAGCGCAGCUGAGCAAACACGGCAGUGGGAGUAG